UUCAACUCAGCACAAUUUACAAAACUGCCUAGUUUAUUUGCACGUUGCCAAAGUAGCUCAUAUGUGUGUAUGGCAUAUUCAAGAAAGGGUAAAUCUGAUGUUCAUUAGUUUUUCCCAUCACAGUGCAGUAUUUUUUUUAGCCAGUGCUGGCUAACGCGCUCGUGUGUGUGUGAGCUGCCAGUCAGACGAUUGUUUUUAUCAGCUGUGUCUCAUUUGCCUGCCUGCCAAAAUAGAAUAAGAACGUCCAAUCGUAACGAGCUUGGAGCAAACGCAAAAAUAAAGUAAACACAUCAGCAAGUCAUUCCAUACUAGAUAAAACACUAAACGCAAUGGCCAAAACUAACAAGGGACAGCAACAACAACUAAACUGAACACUGCGACAGGUAAACAAACCUAAAACUGCGUUUGCAGGUGGACGAUGACGUCGAUGAUGUCGACGACGACAGAGAGUGGCAACUGCCAGUUGCAGCUGCAGUUGUGCGUGCGUGGAAAUGUGCCAUGGCAGGAGCUGCCAGUGCAUUUGCGCUCUGUGUUGCACAACAAUCAGCGCGACUACGAGAAAUACGUAUUCAAUUACAGUUUGAAGAAUCAGCUGCGCUUCCGUGGCAAUCUCGCCUCGAAGGUGUUUCGCCAGGAGCAGCGCUACUACGAGCUGCUCAUCCAGAAGAAUAUUAAUAGUUUGGGCGUCUUUCCCUACCAUCUCGCCGACAUUGUCACCAAGGGCCUGCGUGUGACCCCUUUCAAUUAUUACCUGGAUGUGCUCAGCCAGCUGCUGCGCAGCGACAAGAGCUACGACACGCUGCCAAAUUUUACAGCUGCGGAUUGUCUGCGUGUCCUGGGCAUUGGACGUAAUGAGUAUUUGGCGCUUAUUAGCGAACUGAAAACACAUACGCCGCGCACGCUGCUCUUUAGUGCCAAACCAAAUCCGUUGGACUUUCUGCCACGCCUACCCGUGCACGUUCACAUAGAGCCCUGGUGGCGCCUGGACAUUGGCUAUGUCCUCGAAGCGGAUAUACGCCUUGUGACGUCUGCAGAGCGCAGCCUGUUGGACGAUCUCAUCGAUUUUGGCGCCCAGCCUGCGGGCAAAUGCGACUACCAAGUAGUUCAGAGCCUCUAUCGCAAGGGACUUAUCUAUUUGGAUGUGCCCAUUAGUGGCGAGGAUCGCAUUUGCAUACCUCCGCUGCGCAACUUUGUCAUGAAUCGCGUCAGCGGCGAUUACUUCGAGAAUCUGCUCUAUAAGAUCUUCGUAAGCGCCGAUGAGCACAUGAGCAUCGCAGAGCUGGCGCAGAUGUUGCAACUGGAGCUGGACAGCGUGAAGCAGGCGAUUAGCUUUAUAUGUCGGCUUGGCUUUGCUCAGCGCAAGCAAACGGAUCACGACGAGGGACAGCAUCAUGCCAGCUGGGCUACCUACAGCGAACAGCAGACGCCGCAGACGCCUCAAAUAACACCGCUCAACUAUAAUAUGUACGCUAACAGCUUCGAAUUCGAGCAGCAGCAGCAGCAGCCGAGCCCCAAAACCCCCAAGCAGGAGAAGGACAAGGAUAAAGAGAAGGAUAAGGAUAAGGACAGCAGCUCAAUUGGCUAUCUCUCCUCCGAUGGCAACACUAGUGACUUUAGCUUUGCUAAUCUGACCACUCCCACAGCGCCCACACACAACAAUGGCAACAACAGCGACGAACAUGAGCUUAGCUCCGAGCUGGAAGAUGUCAGCGAGCGCACGACUACAACAAAGGCAGGCACCGCAGCUGGAACCGCUGCAGCAGUGGUUGGCGCCUCGCCGAAGAGCGGCAAGCGCGUGGGCUUCUUGUUUGACUCAACAUUGACUGCAUUUUUGAUGAUGGGCAAUCUUUCGCCUGGACUGAAGAACCAUGCGGUAACCAUGUUCGAGGUGGGCAAACUGUGCGAGGAGAGCUUGGACAGCUUUCUCGCCGAGCUGGAGCAGGUAUCUCUACUGGAUGCCGAGGGCGAAGGCGAUGUCUCUCGCUACUUCGCACAUGCAGUCAUAUUACGCUCCACCAUUUGCUCGCUGCGCCCGCUGCUGCCAGGUGGACUCGAUCUGCUGCGACUGGAGUGCUUGGAGGGACUCGACUGGCAGACGCGCGAUCGUGUGCUUGAAAAGAAAUACAAGUUUAUUAUAUCAGCAACGCCGCUGACGGCGACGCUGAGUCACAUGUUUAGCAUUCCGUUUUUUGGACAGUUUUUGCGUAGCUCCGAUGCAAUGCCCAUGUGGAGCAAGCUGUUCUACAACCAUAUCACGGGCUACGGACCGCCCAGCUUGCUGCUCUGUCGCGGCACGGUGCUCAAAUCAUUGCCACGCCUCUUUCUGGGCUAUGGCAAGCUGUUGGUGAACAUACUCCAUUCAGAUGCCUAUGUGCUCAACUCGGAGAACUUUCGCAAUCUGAAUGACCAGCUGAAGAACGGCUGUGUGCUGCUACAGGGCUAUGGCAUACGUGCAAGUGGGGAGCUCCAUUACGAAUCGUUUCCAUUCCAGGCCACCGACGCGGGCCAGGCCAAGUGGGCCACACAUCGAGCCGUGCAGAAGCUGGCUAGCCAUUUGGAUUUGCGCCAGCAAUGCGGCUAUAUAACGUUUCUAAAUACGGGCGUGCCCGAUCUGGGCUGCGAGGAGUACGAACUGCAGGUGAAGCUAAAGUUGCCGCAGCGCAAGCGCCAAACGCAGGCUGCCGUCGCCAGCAAGUCCAACAAUGUGCCAAAUGAUCAGCUGACAAGCUUUCAGCUGAAGAGUCCCGACGAGAAUCACUUUGCCACCACGCCCGAGCACGGGCCAGCAAACGAAUACACCUCGGCGGACUGCAACCAGCUGCUGGCCAGCGAGCUGGCCAAAUGCAACGACAAUAGCAGCAGCAGCCGUGGCGAUCUGCUCUCGCAGAGCUCGGUCGAGCUGCCCAUUGGCGAUGCCACUGUGGAGCCGGAGCCAAACACCGAGGAGUGGACGCUGCUCGAUGUGAACUUUGGUGUGCCGCUCUUCGAUGUGGACACGAAUACACGCAUCUGCGAACAGCUCGUCCGCCAGCUGAGCAGCGAUGCCAAUCUGCAGGCACUGCCCGCCUCUGUGGAGCAGGCUCAAAAACUGUUUCUGGAGUUUGUGCGUCAGUGCCUGUUGUUCGAGGACGAUCCGUCGACGCCCGCCCAGCUGCGCGAGCCUCUACAGCCGGGCAGGGCUCUGCCCCAUCCGCGCAUCAAUUUGGCUUUCGAGAACGGACGCGUUGGCUACUGGAACGGGCGUUAAAGCCCGCCCAACUUAAUCUUCAUGCAUUCCUGCGGCCCAAUCCGAAAUCUUUCGCCCAGUGCAGCGUACAAGUAUUUUUUUCUGUUCUGUGUUGUAUGCUUUUGCCUACGUUUGCUUAAUACACGUUUAUCAGCUUUGCCCCGGGCCUUGUACAGUUAGAGCUCUAUAGAUAUUUAUAUAGAAAUACCUUAUCAGUCCACUAACCAUUUGUACCCCAUUUAGCCCCAGUCCGCGCAGCUGGCCACUCCCUGCCUGCAUGCAUUCCGUUUUUUAUUAGUUCUGUAAGUUCGAGCGAGCGGCAAGUUGCAAUCAGAGGCAACGCAAACUCUUAACAUACCAUAUACAUAUACAUACAUACA